AUGCGGCCGCCACCGGCGUUGUGCAGCGCUUGCCGCGCACACCCGCUGCCUAAACUCUGUACAACUCUAGUCUUGUGUGCGGCCAACGUCGCUGCUGGUAGCGCUGCCGCAUUGGCCAUACACACGGGAGGGUUGUGCGCGCUUCAAAAAGUAAAAGGCAAAAACACCAAAAUUCCAAGAAUCAAAAAAACAAAAAAAAAACAAACAUUAAACACGGCAACGCCAGCAACAAAAUCCAAAACCAAACCAACAACAACAACCGCAACAACGCGUGCCAAUACGCCUGCAACAACGGCAACAACAACGACGACAACGUGUGUUGCCGGUGCCAGUGUGGAUGUUGCAGCUGCUGCUGGUGCUGGUACACCCACAACACCGGCACCAACAACCGUUAAGCCAACAACAGCAGCAACAGCAACAACAACAACAUCAACAGUAGCAGCAGCAGCACUAGCACUAAAUACAACUGCGCACAGUAAAACUAACAACAACAACAAUAACAACAAUAUAGUGGCAGCAGCUAAUACUCAAACUAACAAAUUUGGUGGCAGUAAUAGCAACAACAACAACAAUAACAAUCUGCCAUCGUCAGAAUUAUUAUUAGCCGCUAGCAGCCACCGAAUGCAGCCACAAGUGCCGCAAGCCGCUGGGACAGCCGAUAUGGAUUUGACGGCUGUUCAAUCGAUGGAUUGGUUUUUCAAAAAGGAGCAAUUUUAUCUAUUGGCACAAUUUUUACAACAGACAGCAUACGGAUUCCUCUGACGAAAAGUUCGAAUUCUU